CGAGCGUGCGAGCGCUUCUCCCGCAUGCCCGGGAGGUGCUGUCUCGGCUAACGGCUCGGCACCGACCCCUCUCCGCCACGGGGGUCAUGGCUUGAGGGGCAGGAGCUUCUGGCUCUUCGGCAACAUGGGGAACCAGGACGGGAAGCUGAAAAAGACGGGAGGAGACGGCCAGGAAUGCCCGGACGACUCCAGGCUCAAGGAUGCUGACGGUACAAAGAGAAGCUCGGGAGGCAAGAAAACGCACGCAAAACACGGCAAGGGAAACGAGAGCCACAGGAAGAAGAAAUCCGAGUCUUCCCGUUCGGUUUUCUCCAUCAGGAAGAGAAAACAGCCGUCCCGGGGUAAAAACGGGUCCAAGGAUGAUGUAUCGGAGAGCCGGGCCCUGCAUAUCGAGGAGCUGGACAGCGUUCACUCCGUUACAAAGACCCCAGACAUUAGCAUUUCGGCGGACGAGGGAGGGCUGACGGAUACCGAAGCCGAGCCGCUGGACAUCACCAGCGACAGCCUGCCCGCUGCUCCCGAGCCGCCCGCCGGCCAGCGGCUCAGCUCGGGAUCCGAUACCGACAUCUACAGCUUCCACUCGGCCACCGAGCAGGAGGACCUGCUCUCCGACAUCCAGCACGCCAUCCAGCUGCAGUGGCUGGGGAAGGAAGCCGAGGGCGGCCUCUCGCAAGCCGAGGUAGCCGCAGGUUGCAAGGGGCGGCCCCUUACCCCGCAGCCCGGCACCGGGCAACCGGGCAACCUUGCCCCGCAGCCCAGCUUCCAUCAACAGGGUGAGACUGCACCCGAAGCCCGGCCGCCCGAGGAAAAUGCAGAACGUCUCCAGGCUGACGAAGGGCAGCUUCCCGCGGGGACGCAGGAGGGUCCCACAGAAGCCGGCGGUGGUCCAGUGGGCGACCUGUCAAUCACCCAGAACGGGUCUGAGUGUCCUCCAGCGCCGCCAACUCCUCCUGCAAAGGUUCUCCAGCCGGCAGAGGCUGACCGGACUCUCGGUGAGAGUGAUCCCGACCAGGGACCAGCGUGCAGUCAGCCGGGCUACGAUUCCGAGGUGUUCAGCGAUGCAGCGGUGAAAUGCAGCGCCCACCGCGUUAACGAGGGCAGACCGGGCUCUCCCCGCUCGCACAAGCCGGCGGCCGCCCGGCCGUACCCGCCGGUCAAUGCCAUCUUCGUUAGGACUACCACCCGGCAGCUGAGCUCCCCCGGUAAUUCCCCCUCGGCUUCGCCCUCGCAGAGCCCCCUGUGUCCGAGGAGGCGGCGGCCGGCCGAGCAGAAGUGGAGCAAAGAGCGGGUCAGAGUGGAGAGGUGCCCCGGUGGGAGGAGAACUUUCAGCCGUUCGGCUGACUGGACCGAGGAGCUGAGGCGGCCGAAGGGAGCCGGUGUCAAGAAAGCGGGUUCUGUGGACACGCUGCACCGCUCGGGACCUCCCGAAAUUCUACCUCUGGGACCGGCCAGGAGACCUUCCUUACCCGAGAGCGGCUACCCCGAGAUCUUCACUGGGCGAACGUUGCUAGAAAAACUAUUUGGGCAGCAAGAAAAAGUACAGCUUUCAGGUGAACAUGAAGCAGAGAAGCUUUGCUCCCGUAUUCUGGCAAUGGGUUUACUGCUCCCAUUUGGGGACUGUUUCAGAGAGCAGUUUUAUGGAGAAGCACCACAGACCACCACCAAAUUUGAUCAGGACAAGCUGUACACGUGGGCAGCCGUCAGCCAGCCAACUCAGUCACGUGACCAUGUGGAAGGUCGGAUCCCUGGGAGAAUUCAAACGGUGUGGCCGCCUGCAAAACCCUGGGCAGAAGAAAAACUGAAGUAUGUAGAAUCAGAGAAUCGCGAUGCUGUUCUAAGUCUGAAAAGGAUACAGAAAGAAGAACUACACACAUUACAAAAAGAUAAUGAAGAGAAAACAGCAGAAGUGAAGGAACAACAGGUUGCUGUUAUCCAGAAACUCGAGCAGACUAUUGAGCAAUUAAGGACCAAAAUCGCUGAACUGGAGAAGCAGUCAGCACUGCUUGACCAGGAGAGCGCUGUAAAGGACCAUGAAUCUGGCAAUGAGGAUGUAGUUUCGAACACUUCUGAUGUUCAAACAGACUGGCAGACUCCUCUUCUAACCCCUACACAGAGAUUUUGUGUGGAAGCUAAAUCUGCACAGACUUCACCUACUCAAGAACAUGCUUCUGUUCAAGUGCCUUUAUCCAACAGCCAGUCUUCACGGUCUCCACCUUCCACCUAUAUGGUUUCUUCCUCUCAGGAUCACUUGAUAAAUGUAGCCUCAGCACAGUCGCACACUCCGGGAGGUCCGUGCGCUGCUUCGCAAGUGUUGGCUUCGCAGCCUGACCAGGGUGCCCUCGCUGCAUCGACGCCAACGGGCCAAAGUUUACGACCAGUUCUGCCGCAACUUUUAUCCAGUCAAGACACUUUGUCUCCGUUGCCUAACUGCCAAACAACUCCUCUGCCUCUGCCUGCCGCUGAUAUUCCCAAUAGCAAGCUUCUGCCUUCACCGGCCCCUCUACCUGUCUGUGACUCGUUGGGUACUUCAGUCCCAAUUCCUCCUCCUCCUCCUCCACCGCUGCCACCACCUCUUCCUUCUGACUCUGGGAAUGUUUCUUCACUUCGCCCACUGCCUGGCUGUGGGUUACCCCCUCCUCCUCCCCCACUGCUGGGUUCUGCCAUUCCCCCUCUUCCCCCUCUGCCCGGCUCCGCUGCUCCCCCUCCCCCUCCCCCUCCCCCUCCCCCUCUGCCCGGCUCCGCUGCUCCCCCUCCCCCUCCCCCUCUGCCCGGCUCCGCUGCUCCCCCUCCCCCUCCCCCUCUGCCCGGCUCCGCUGCUCCCCCUCCCCCUCUGCCCGGCUCCGCUGCUCCCCCUCCCCCUCCCCCUCCCCCUCCCCCUCUGCCCGGCUCCGCUGCUCCCCCUCCCCCUCCCCCUCCCCCUCCCCCUCCCCCUCCCCCUCCCCCUCCCCCUCCCCCUCCCCCUCCCCCUCUGCCCGGCUCCGCUGCUCCCCCUCCCCCUCCCCCUCUGCCCGGCUCCGCCGCUCCCCCUCCCCCUCCCCCUCCCCCUCUGCCCGGCUCCGCCCCUCCCCCUCCCCCUCCCCCUCUGCCCGGCUCCGCCCCUCCCCCUCCCCCUCCCCCUCUGCCCGGCUCCGCCCCUCCCCCUCCCCCUCUGCCCGGCUCCGCUCCUCCCCCUCCCCCUCCCCCUCCCCCUCUGCCCGGCUCCGCUGCUCCCCCUCCCCCUCCCCCUCCCCCUCUGCCCGGCUCUGGGUUCCCACCUCUUGCUGGUUCUGGAAUCCCUCCACCACCACCACUGGGGCAGGGUCCACCACAGUUUCCUGCUCCAGGCUCUGGUCAUCUUCCACCACCCCUUCCAUCGGGUUUUUUUGCAAUUGGAAUGAAGGACAAAUCGCCAAGAAAGGUUGCCAUUGAUCCAUCCCGUCCAAUGAAGCCCCUCUAUUGGUCAAGAAUUCAGCUAAGCAGCAAAAGAGAAACAGAAAUAUUGCCCAUUUGGGCAGCACUGGAAGAACCCACAAUUAAUACCCAAGAACUGGAAAAUUACUUCUCAAAAUCGGCUGUCAAGGAGAGGAAAAAGCCAAUUUUGGACACCUACAGCAAAACAAAAACCAGACAGGUUGUGAAACUUCUGAACAACAAGAGGUCGCAGGCUGUUGGAAUUUUGAUGUCAAGUCUUCACUUGGAGAUGAAAGAUAUCCAGCACGCUGUUCUGAACUUGGACAAUUCCGUGGUUGACCUGGAGACCCUUCAAGCCCUGUAUGAGAAUAGAGCACAACAUGAAGAGUUGGAGAAAAUUGAAAAGCAGAUUCACAAAUCCUCCAAAGAUAAAGAUAACGCCAAGCCUUUGGAUAAACCGGAGCAGUUUCUCUAUGAACUAGCUCAGAUCGUCAACUUCUCCGAGCGUGUAUUUUGCAUCCUUUUCCAAUCUACUUUCUUAGAAAAUAUUGCCGCCAUCAACCGUAAGCUUGAAUUAAUGGAUAAGUUGUGCAAGACACUCCAAACAAGUGCCAGUGUAAAGCAGGUACUGAGUUUGAUUCUUGCUUUUGGAAACUACAUGAAUGGUGGGAAUCGAAGUCGAGGCCAAGCAGACGGCUUUGGUUUGGAGAUCCUUCCUAAACUUCGAGAUGUGAAGAGCAGUGACAACAGUAUUAACCUCCUCUUCUACCUGGUAUCAUAUUAUCUGCGUAAUUUUGAUAAGGAUGCAGGUACAGAACAAAGUAUUUUCCCUUUACCAGAACCACAGGACUUGUUUCAAGCUUCACAGAUGAAGUUUGAGGACUUCGAGAAGGACCUCCGUAAACUUAAGAAGGACUUGAAAGUUUGCGAGACAGAAAUGGAAAAAGUCUGCCGCCUUUCACCAGAAGAACAUCUACAGCCUUUUAAAGAUAAAAUGGAAGAAUUCAUUAAUCAAGCAAAGUCUGAUCAAGAAUCUCAGGAAGCUUUCUUGUCUGGAACUCACAAAAGCUUCUUGGAAACAGCAGCAUACUUCAGCAUGAAGCCAAAGUCAGGAGACAAAGAAGUCACUCCAAAUCAUUUAUUUACCCUUUGGCACGAGUUUUGUACUGACUUCAAGGAGUACUGGAAAAAGGAAAGUAAAGUUAUACUGAAAGAAAAGAUCAAAGAGGCAGAAGCACAUAUACAUAGCCAGAAGAAAGAAAGAUCUUAUUCGGUCAAGGAGAAAGUCAAAACUGGAAUGAAAGCAAAAGUGACCAUGAAAGACAACGUAUUAAUGAAUCUUAUCCUUAGGACUUAGAGGGUACAUGUAUUCAGCUAUUGUCAACCCUUUUUGCAUUUCUACCCUGUAAUGGUACCACGUUAUCUCACUCUUCUGUGCCCAUUACAUAGAAGAAAUAUUAUUGCUACAACUUGAUUGGUCAAUUCAGCCAUAUGAGCAUACUACUCUUUAUCUGCUAUGUAAGGGCAUUGCAUUUAUCAACUGCAUGCUCAUUAGGCAAGCAACAGAACACCACAUCUUCUGGAAAGUAUCAGACCUGGAGUGAUCCUGGACUUUUGGGACUCUAGGUCAGUAGCUUCUGAACUAUGAUUUGUCGAGGAAGGCGACACAAUCAGUGAUUGUGGGUGUUUACUCCUUUCACUGGCACUGUGUAUUUUACAUUAAAAAAAGUAUAGAUAUAUAUAUUCCAGGAUAGCAUUAAUAAAUAAGAAUUGGACAGAUUCUAGAUUUUUGUCUAACGAAUCACUAACAGUGCAUGAGAAAUUGGUUAUUUUCUUAAAUAUCACUUUCUAAGCCCCUUGCAACCUUCUGUCCCUGGGUGACUUGCUGUUCUUUGGCAACCUAUCUGCAUGGGCAAGCUUCAUCUUGAAGGGGUUAAUCACCAUAAUACAAAGUUGGGAGUAUUUUUGAUUUGCUUAGGAAGAACCUGGUAUUGCUGUGAAGGUGGGGAAGGGGUGAUAGGGGUGGUUAAGUUGGUCGGUAGUAGACAUUUCCCAGUAUUAAGGUGGAGCCUUGUCUGUUGGAGAUGAUGUGGUAAUGAAAUGCACUGCUGUCAAGCUAUUACUAGGAUUAAGUUAUAAAACUAUAAUAAUAAACACUUACCUGUACACUUCAUAGUUCUUUUGUGUUUUAAAUGUAAAUUUGGUGUCUUAUUUCUGUUCAUAAGACAAUAUUAAAUUAUUUAAAUGUAGGUACAUAACAGCAUGUCGAUUUUAGAUUCUAUUGUGUCAGGAUAACUUAUUUGUAAAAUGCUGUAAGUUGACAAUAGUCUGUUAAAAUCGCCAAGUGCAAUACUGUAUUUAGUAUUUCUAUUUGAAAUUUCUUUUCGAGGUUUAUUUGUAUGAAAUGUACUGUAGGUUUUUUCUGAUUAAUAAAAUUUGACUAAUACUCAAGUAUUUUUGUGGUAUGUUUAACUGUACAUCAAUGAGGGGAACGGUGCCCAGUUCUUCUCUGCAAGCGUAUAGCUUGAAUAGAUUUUUGGGUGUCUGAGUCACAUCCUUUUACCUGCUUUACAGCAUCUGCUUCUCUGUAACGUGACCUAUAACUGGAAAUGGAUUGUUCACCAAGCCUGCCUUUUGUGUCUCCCAGUCACUCCCUAAGGAAAAGAAUGGCAAUAACUUGGGAGUUGCCUGUUGGCCACAAGAGGAGCUAGCAUGGAGCCAUAAACUGAAUAAGAGUAUGUGUAUGUAAAAACUCCUUGCUGAGGUCAAAAUACUGUGAUUCCCUAUGUGCAACUUAGUAUAAUCAUUUAUUUAUGGUUUAACUGUGGAAUUUAGCAUUUAAUGCUAUUACCGACACUCCAAUCCAUGUUAAUAUGCAAUGAACUGGUCUAGAAACUAACUGCACAGCAGUAAACAUGACUGAAUUAUAAAUGUAUUCAUUAAACAAUGCUAUCUGUAAUUAUUACAUUAACCCAGUAAGAAUACCUGAAGUCAUGUCAGUCUACUAAAAGCUGGAUAGAAACUAUUUAAAGUAGAAAAAUAAAACACCAUCUAUUUUUGGACUAAAGGGUAUUAUAGCAAUUUUGAAGUGGAUGCUUUUGUGUCUGGGUCACCAGUGAUUUCCUGUUUCACUUGUAAUAUAUGCCAACAAUAAAAUUCAAGUAUAUUUUA